AUGCAAGGAUUGCAACUCGGGUCGACUUUAUGUUACCGAGACCUGCGAGGACGUGUCACAAAUGUGACACGAGGAAUUGACGUCAGAGCUUUUGAUUUGGCUGUCAACAUGAUUGUGAUUUCUCUUGACUAUAGAGUGACUUUGAUGCUGAAGUAUUCAAAAGCUUUGAGCAAUAUUAGUUGCAUGGCCCCUUUGUUUUUGAACUUAACAGGUUUCAAAUUUGGUGUUUUCGAGCUGGAGUCAGUUCCAGUAGAGGCUCUAACUAGAGUGGUAGUUCUGGGAGUUACUCUGGAGGUGGUACAGCUAGAGGUGUUGGGAGGCAGCUACAGCCAAUCGCUAUCAAGAGGAGUCGCCCCCAGUGCGUUGUGUGUGACAGGUACCAUUCUGGGCCUUGUCCACGGGGCGCCACUAGGUGUUGUCAUUGUGGACAAUCUGGGCAUUUUCGGAUGGAGUGCCUGA